GCUUACGCACUUCCUGUUUCACCUUAAGGACACGUGCAGGCUGCUGGUCUGUGGAGCUGGAGGGAAUAGCAGCAACGAAAAUUCAGCUCUCAGACAACUGCCUCUGGUUUUCAUAUUUUUUCGGCAGUGAAAGGCUUUGCCGACUAAGCAGUCAACAUGGUUAAGCCUCGGUUUAAGGGGAAAAACUCAAUAAACCCCUCGUCGUCCAGCAGCAACCCUGAUCGACCCAAGGGUGCUGGUGGGAACAACAUGAGGGACCGAGCCACAAUUAAACGUCUGAAUAUGUACAGACAAAAGCAAAGAUGUAAUAACCGCGGAAAAGUUAUCAAACCUUUGCAGUACCAAUCCUCAGUAGCUCCUGGGACUGUAGCGAGAGUUGAACCUAACAUCAAAUGGUUUGCAAACACCAGGGUGAUAAAGCAGUCGUCCCUCCAAAAGUUCCAGGAAGAAAUGGGAGCAGUACAGAAGGAUCCAUAUCGUGUGGUGAUGAGACAAAGCAAACUACCCAUGUCCCUCUUGCAUGACAGGGUCAAAGCUCAUAAUUCAAAGGUGCACAUUUUAGACACAGAGGGUUUUGAGACCACGUUCGGGCCUAAGGCCCAAAGGAAGAGGCCAAGUCUCAUCGUGGGGGAUGUGAAGGACCUUGUAGAGCAAGCAGAAGCCUCAGCGCUGAGCUACGAUGCAGACAAAGACACAAACCUGGUAACAGAGGACACGGGGGUCCGGGAGGAAGUGCGUGAGGAGAUUUUCAAAAAGGGGCAAUCCAAGAGGAUCUGGGGUGAACUUUACAAGGUGAUUGACUCAUCUGAUGUCGUCAUUCAAGUGCUGGAUGCCCGUGAUCCCAUGGGAACUCGCUCCAAAAGCAUAGAGGCAUAUCUGAAGAAGGAGAAAGCCUGGAAACAUCUUAUCUUUGUGCUCAACAAGUGUGACCUUAUUCCCACCUGGGUCACGAAACGGUGGGUAGCUGUUUUGUCCCAAGAGUAUCCGACUCUGGCAUUCCACGCCAGCCUCACCAACUCCUUUGGUAAGGGUUCCCUCAUUCAGCUACUCCGGCAGUUUGGCAAGCUCCACACAGAUAAGAAACAGAUAAGUGUGGGUUUCAUUGGCUAUCCAAAUGUAGGAAAGAGCUCAGUCAUCAACACUCUGCGGUCCAAGAAGGUCUGCAAUGUGGCACCCAUCGCUGGAGAAACCAAAGUGUGGCAGUACAUCACAUUGAUGAGGCGCAUCUUCCUCAUUGACUGCCCCGGUGUUGUGUACCCAUCAGAGGACAGCGAAUCUGAUAUUGUUCUCAAAGGAGUGGUUCAAGUGGAGAAGAUCAAGAACCCAGAAGAGCAUAUUGGGGCAGUACUGGAGCGAGCCAAACCUGAGUAUAUUCAGAAGACAUACCGUAUCCCUACAUGGAAAUCUGCUGAAGACUUUCUGGAGAAGCUGGCAUUGCGUACUGGGAAGCUUUUGAAGGGGGGUGAGCCAGAUCUCUCCACAGUCUCCAAAAUGGUGUUAAAUGACUGGCAGAGAGGACGCAUCCCUUUCUUUGUGAAACCUCCCGGACCUGAGGGAGAUGAAGAGGAUGAGAAACCUUUACCAGUUGAAGGACCACAAGCCGUAGACGAGAAUGUGGAGGAGCAGCAAGGCAGUUUAGAAGCCGUCUCAGGGGAACAGGAGGAACAGCAACGUCAGCUGCGACAGAAGGAGGAGGUCCAAAAGAUCCUUUCCAAUGUACGACAGAACUUUGGCAAGAUCAGUGUGGCACCAGAGUACAGUGAAGAAGACUUGGUUCCAGUGGAGAUGCCUGACCUGGACUUGGCUGAGUUUUCUGGCUCUGACACAGAGGAAGAAGAUGAAGAAGGUGAGGGCAAAGAGGAAAGUGAGGGCGGAGAGGAAGAUGAGACCAGCGCUGAACCAGCUGGUGAAGAAACUGAGUCCACAGUCCCUCCGACUGACAACGCAAGUGCCAGCAAGAGUUCAAGGGAGAUUAUACGCGAGCUGGAUGAGAAAAUCAUGAAGUACAAGCAGUUCUUGGACCGAGCCAAAUCCAAACGCUUCUCGGCAAUACGGAUCCCUAAGGCACUCUCUGAAAAAGUAUUCACAGACAUCAAGACUAAACAAGCAGCAGCUACACAAGCUCAAAGGAAAGGUAGUAAGUCAACUGCUGCAAACCAGAGGGGCAAGAAGAGGAAAGCUGACGAGGAUGAGGAGUCCACACAGCUGCCCAAACUGACAUCUAAACAGAGAAGAGCAAUGGAACGUGCUAAGAAGGCGAAGAAGGUCGGGGUGCGUUAUUAUGAAACACACAAUGUCAAGAACAAGAACAAAAAGAUGCCAACAUCAACCACAGAGGGUCAGAGGGCAAAAAGAUCAAAGCACUAGACUGACAUUAAAAGACACACAAUAUGUGUAAGAAUCUUUAAAUUGGACUGAAGAGGCUAAGGUUUUAUUGAAAUGACAAGCACACAAAAGAUUGGAAAACUGGGUGGUUAAAUAUUCUGUAUCAGGUAUCUACUUGAUGCCUUAUCCUUGAGCACAAGGAAAUGACUGCUAAUCUGUCUUUUCAAAGUUUUCAAUCCCUUCAAUACUGAACUGUUUGAAUGAUACUUCAUUCAUCAUUCUCGUGUGCACAGCUCUCUUGAUGUUCAAGAGAAAUGUGCAAUUUGAGUAUCCUUGUCAUGCUAUGCUCUUAUGAAAAAAUAAAAUAUUUGCAAAUUG